AUGGAUGUGGAGUGUCAGAAACACACCAAGGAAUGGGAGGAACUGGGGAGUUACCAGGAGAAACUUUUGCAAGAGAAAGAUACAGUUAUAAAAGACAAAGAUGAUGUUAUCCAGAAGUUGGGGAGUUCUUGUGACGCCCUGGCCAAAGAGCAAAGAGAGCUCCUGCAACAAGUGUCAGCUCUGACUGCUGAGAGGGAUUCAGCCCUGGGUGAACAUCUGGAUCUCAAAAGUUCACAUGAAGCCUUAGAGAAGGAGAUGAGCAGAGUAUUGCAGAUGAAUCAGAGUCUGCAGGCCGAGAAGCAGAUGCUCCUUGAGCACAUAGAGGAGCUGAGCAUGAGUUUAGACAGCACAGCUAGUGAAAACCAGGGGUUAAAGGUGAGACAGGAGGAGCUGCAAGAAGAGUUACAGACUGAGCACAGGGAACUUGCAAAGCUGGUGAAAGCCAAUACGGAGCUGGAGAGUUCCCUUGGGAGUCUCUCCCGUCUUCUCGAGGAGGUGGAAGCCUCAAGGGAGACACUCAGUGCAGAGUGUGCUCAGCUGCUGCAGGAGAAGGAGGCUCUCUGUGCCUCCCAGCAGAGGCUCUUGGCAGACAGGGAGCAGCUCCAGGGGGAGAACGAGGCAGUUGCUGAGCAGCUCACAAAGGCCUCGGCAGACGCGGCACUGGCUGAGAGGAUGAACCAGCUCACCUUGGAGAAGGAAUCUGUCACUCAGAAGUUGUUGCAGGUUGAAAAGCAUAACGAAGCUCUUCUCCAAGAGAAGAAAGACUUGGAGAAAAAACACUUUGAGCUUCUCGAGGAAAGCAAGUCUUGUGCAGAGGCAGUUGCUGGUCUGAAGAGAGAACAUGAACUGGUUGUCUCAUCCAAGAGUGCUCUGGCCCAAGAGAAUGUCAUGCUCCAGGAUUCCAUUGAAGCCCUCAAGGGAGAGCUGAGUAGGAAGACAGCAGAAAAUGAAGAGCUAAUGGCCUGCAAACGUGACCUUUCAGAUCUGAAAGAGGCCCAGGAGUCCAGAGCAGCACUGCAGGCUGAGCUGGACCUGCUGUCCUCCCUGAGCUCCUGUUCUUCUGACAGGGAGAUGCUGCUCAGAGAGAGGACUGAGCUGCAGGACCAGUGCCAGAAAUUAGCUGGGGAGGUUGCUGUGCUGAAAGAAAACCUAAGCACAGAAAAGGAACCUAGAAAACAGGACAAGGAAUCGUUUCUGUUAGAAUCAGAAUUCCAGGCCCUGCACAGCAUCGUGUGCCAGAGGCUGGAAGAGCAUCAGCACAGGCUUGAGCUGAUGGAGGAGGAGAGAAGAAAGUUGCUGCAG